GCACAUGCCAGCCUUAAGUGGUUCUUAAAGCUACUAAUUAAAGUCAUUUAAGACAGAUUUUCUUUCUAUAAAGAUGGUUCAACGCUGAAGAGCCAAAGUAUAUCCAAGUUAAAACCAAUGGCAGACAGUAACUGUGUUGCCAUCGUCAUUGGGGUUACCGGGCUUGUUGGAAGAGAGCUAACCAAAAGGCUCAUCUCAAAAUCCAAGUGGAAGAUCUAUGGUGUAGCUCGACAACCUGAAAUAAUACCCAUCAAAAGUUCUAGCUACCAUUUCAUACCCUGUGACCUGUUAGAUCCAUUUGAAACCAAGCAGAAGCUAUCAAUACUGCAUGAUGUGACUCAUGUUUUUUGGGUCACUUGGGCUUCCCAGCAUCCAUUGGAUACUGCUGAGUGUUGUGAGGAAAACAAGGCAAUGUUGUCCAAUGUCUUGAGUGCCAUCCUCCCCAUAGCAAAGGGGAUGAAGCAUUUUGUCCUUCAAACAGGGAUGAGUCAUUAUGUACCCGUGGCUGUGAAUGGGAAAACAACCCAUUUGUUCGAUGAAGAAUGGCCAAGACCGAAAGUGAGCUCCAACUUUUACUACGUCCUUGAAGAUACCCUCCAUGAGAGAUUGGAUGGUAAGGUGGGUUGGACUGUGCAUAGGCCUGGCUUGUUAAUGGGUAGUUCUAAUAGGACUUUGUUUAAUUUCAUAGGGAGUUUAUGUGUUUAUGGUACUGUUUGUAAGCAUUUGAACCUCCCUUUUGUGUUUGGAGGGACAAGUGAGUGUUGGGAAGAGAGUUAUAUAGACGGCUCCGAUGCCAGACUCGUCGCCGAACAACAAAUUUGGGCAGCCACCAGGAAUGGCGAUGGAGUGUCUUCCAACGGCGAGGCGUUCAAUGCAAUCAACGGUUCGAGUUUCAGUUGGAAGGAGAUAUGGCCAAUAUUGGGAAAGAAAUUUGGAGUUAGAGUGCCUAAAGAGACGUGUAUGGAGGAAUUUUGGUAUACGAGGGCCAUGGGAGACAAGAAAAGGGUAUGGGAAGAAAUAGUGGAGAAGGAAAGGUUGGUGGAGACGAAGAUGGAAGAGUUGGCAAAUUGGCAAUUCAUGGACAUCUUGUUUAGGUUCCGAGCCAAACUGUUGGGGUCCAGAGCUAAAGUUGAUGGGCUGAGUUUUACAAUGAGAUGCAACACACUUGAUUCAAUCUUGUAUUGGAUUGAUGUCAUGAGACAUGAAAACUUCAUUCCCUAAGCAUUUUCUUUACAAAAAUAAAUUAAAGAAAAUAUGAGUUAUGGAAGCAA